GCCAAGAUGGACGCGUCCAUUUGAACGUCUCGCACGCCUGUCUACUAUUAGCAGUCACACACGCUGCUGUUUCCCGUUCUUCCUCCGGAAAAGGGCAGGGAAAGGGGAUGAGAAGCUGCAGUGGCCGAGGAGUAAUCGUGACCGAGCCCGCUGGUGCCCUCGGGCCUCCUCGGCCCCCGCGCCUCCGGGGAGCAGCCGGGGCUCACCGCGCCUGACGCGUCCCGAGUUACACAGACGCUGACCAGAAUGUGUUUGAAUUCAUACAGAAAUAAUGUUGAUAUUUGGAACCGAUGUCGAACUUCUAUGAAGAAAGGUCAACGAUGAUUGCAGCCGGGGAUUUGCAGGAAUUUGUUCCUUUUGGUCGAGACCACUGCAAGCACCACCCUAAUGCUUUGAACCUUCAGCCUCGCCAGCUGCAGCCAGCCUCUGAAUUAUGGUCUUCUGAUGGUGCUGCUGGCUUGGUGGGAUCCCUUCAGGAGGUUACAAUCCAUGAGAAACAGAAGGAAAGCUGGCAGUUAAGGAAAGGCAUAAGUGAAAUUGGAGAAGAAGCGGACUAUGAUGAGGAACUCUAUGUGGCUGGAAAUAUGGUGAUCUGGAGCAAAGGAAGUAAAAGCCAGGCACUGGCCGUUUAUAAAGCGUUUACAGUUGACAGUCCUGUUCAACAGGCAUUGUGGUGUGACUUCAUUAUAUCACAGGAUAAGUCUGAAAAAGCCUACAGUAGCUAUGAAAUAGAAAAAUGCAUAUGUAUAUUGCAAAGCUCAUGUAUUAACAUGCAUAGCAUAGAAGGAAAGGAUUACAUAGCUUCCUUACCAUUUCAGGUUGCAAAUGUUUGGCCCACUAAAUAUGGAUUGUUGUUCGAACGAAGCACUUCACAUGAGGUACCUCCAGGUCCACCCAGAGAACCAUUACCCACUAUGUUCAGCAUGCUGCAUCCACUAGAUGAAAUAACCCCACUUGUUUGUAAAUCUGGAAGUCUUUUUGGUUCAUCACGGGUGCAAUACGUUGUAGAUCAUGCAAUGAAAAUAGUUUUCCUCAACACUGACCCCUCCAUUGUAAUGACUUAUGAUAUUGUUCAAAAUUUGCAUUCUGUGUGGACUCUUCGAAGAGUCAAACCAGAGGAAGAGAAUGUUGUUUUAAAGUUCUCUGAACAGGGGGGAACCCCACAGAAUGUAGCCACUAGCAGCUCCCUGACGGCACAUCUCAGAAGCCUCUCCAAAGGAGAUUCCCCUGUGGCUUCACCUUUUCAGAAUUAUUCCUCCAUUCACAGCCAGAGUCGCUCAACCUCAUCACCCAGUCUACACUCUCGCUCACCUUCUAUUUCCAACAUGGCAGCUCUAAGUCGUGCUCAUUCUCCUGCCUUAGGAGUACACUCUUUUUCAGGGGUGCAGAGGUUCAACAUUUCAAGCCAUAAUCAAUCUCCAAAGAGACACAGUAUUUGUCACUCUCCAAACAGUAAUUCUACUGGUUCCUUUCUUGCACCAGAAACAGAGCCAAUUGUUCCUGAGCUGUGUAUUGACCAUUUGUGGACAGAAACAAUUACUAAUUUAAGAGAGAAAAAUUCACAGGCCUCAAAAGUGUUUAUUACUUCUGACCUAUGCGGGCAAAAGUUUUUGUGUUUUUUAGUAGAGUCCCAGCUCCAGUUACGCUGUGUGAAGUUUCAAGAGAGUAAUGAUAAAACCCAGCUCAUCUUUGGCUCUGUGACCAAUAUACAUGCAAAGGGUGCAGCACCAGUGGAGAAAAUAGGCACAAUGUUGGUACUGGAGGGCACUGGAAACCUGGUGCUGUACACAGGAGUGGUUCGGGUGGGAAAGGUUUUUAUUCCUGGACUGCCGGCUCCUUCCUUGACGAUGUCCAACACAAUGCCUCGGCCCAGUACUCCAUUGGACAGUGUUAGUACUCCUAAGCCUCUUUGUAAACUACUUGGAUCAUUGGAUGAGGUUGGUCUAUUGUCUCCAGUUCCAGAACUCAGAGACUCUUCAAAACUUCAUGAUUCUCUCUAUAAUGAAGAUUGUACUUUCCAACAGCUUGGAACUUAUAUUCAUUCUAUCAGAGAUCCUGUCCAUAACAGAGUAACUCUAGAACUGAGUAAUGGCUCCAUGGUUAGGAUCACUAUUCCUGAAAUUGCCACCUCUGAAUUAGUGCAAACAUGUUUGCAAGCAAUUAAGUUAAUCCUGCCAAAAGAAAUAGCGGUUCAGAUGCUUGUCAAGUGGUACAAUGUCCACAGUGCUCCAGGAGGACCUGGUUAUCAGUCAGAGUGGAAUUUAUUUGUGACUUGUCUCAUGAACAUGAUGGGUUAUAACACAGACCGCUUAGCAUGGACCCGAAAUUUUGACUUUGAAGGAUCACUUUCCCCAGUCAUUGCACCCAAAAAAGCAAGGCCUUCUGAGACUGGAUCUGAUGAUGACUGGGAAUAUUUACUGAAUUCAGACUACCACCAGAAUGUUGAGUCUCAUCUUUUGAACCGAUCCUUAUGUUUGAGUCCUUCAGAAGUUUCGCAGAUGAAGAAUGAGGAUGUUUCACAGAACCUCAGUCUGGAUUCUUCUACACUUCUUUUUACUCACAUACCUGCAAUUUUUUUUGUUCUUCACCUUGUCUAUGAGGAGCUGAAAUUGAAUACGCUAAUGGGAGAAGGAAUUUGUUCGCUUGUUGAACUUCUCCUUCAGUUGGCAAGAGACUUAAAAUUGGGGCCGUAUGUAGACCAUUACUAUAGAGACUACCCAACGCUUGUCAGAACUACCGGACAAGUGUGCACAAUUGAUCAAGGUCAGACAGUGUUUAUGCAUCAUCCAUCAUUUUUUACUUCUGAGCCACCAAGCAUUUAUCAGUGGGUGAGUUCUUGUCUGAAAGGUGAAGGAAUGCCACCCUAUCCUUACCUCCCUGGAAUCUGUGGAAGAAGCAGACUUGUAGUCUUGAGUAUUGCACUCUACAUACUUGGUGAUGAGAGCUCCGUUUCUGGUGAAGCCCCACAGUAUUUAUCCAGAAUAACUCCCGCCCCCCAGAAGUCACAAGCAGAACAAGAGGAAAAUAGGUUUAGUUUCAGGCAUUCUACAUCAGUUUCUAGCCUAGCUGAAAGAUUAGUUGUCUGGAUGACUAAUGUAGGAUUCACUUUAAGAGAUUUAGAAACUCUUCCCUUUGGAAUUGCUCUUCCCAUCAGAGAUGCAAUUUAUCACUGUCGUGAGCAGCCUGCUUCAGACUGGCCAGAAGCAGUCUGUCUCUUGAUUGGACGUCAGGAUCUCUCCAAGCAGGCCUGUGAAGGAAACAUACCCAGAGGGAAAUCUGUGCUCUCAUCAGAUGGUCCUUCAGGAACAGAAGCUGAGGAGGAGGAUGAUGGCAUGAAUGACAUGAAUCAGGAGGUUAUGUCAUUAAUAUGGAGUGAAGAUUUAAGGGUGCAGGAUGUGCGAAGGCUUCUUCAAAGUGCACAUCCCGUUCGCGUCAAUGUGGUGCAGUACCCGGAACUCAGUGACCACGAGUUCAUUGAAGAAAAAGAAAACAGGUUGCUCCAGUUGUGUCAGCGAACUAUGGCCCUUCCAGUAGGACGAGGAAUGUUUACCUUGUUUUCAUACCAUCCUGUUCCAACAGAACCUUUGCCUAUUCCUAAAUUGAAUCUGACUGGGCGGGCCCCUCCUCGGAACACAACAGUAGACCUUAAUAGUGGAAACAUCGAUGUGCCUCCCAACAUGACAAGUUGGGCCAGCUUCCAUAAUGGUGUGGCUGCUGGCCUGAAGAUAGCCCCCGCCUCCCAGAUCGACUCGGCUUGGAUUGUUUACAAUAAGCCCAAGCAUGCUGAGUUAGCCAAUGAGUAUGCUGGCUUUCUCAUGGCCCUGGGUCUGAAUGGGCACCUUACCAAGCUGGCUACUCUCAAUAUCCAUGACUACUUGACCAAGGGCCAUGAAAUGACCAGCAUUGGAUUGCUACUUGGUGUUUCUGCUGCAAAACUAGGCACCAUGGAUAUGUCAAUCACUCGGCUUCUUAGCAUUCACAUUCCUGCUCUCUUACCCCCAACGUCCACAGAGCUUGAUGUUCCUCACAAUGUCCAAGUGGCUGCAGUAGUUGGCAUUGGUCUUGUAUAUCAAGGGACAGCUCACAGACAUACUGCAGAAGUUCUGUUGGCAGAAAUAGGACGGCCCCCUGGUCCUGAAAUGGAAUACUGCACUGACAGAGAGUCAUACUCUUUAGCCGCUGGCUUGGCCCUGGGCAUGGUUUGCUUGGGGCAUGGCAGUAAUUUGAUAGGUAUGUCUGAUCUCAAUGUACCUGAGCAGCUUUAUCAGUACAUGGUUGGAGGUCAUAGGCGCUUUCAAGCAGGAAUGCAUAGGGAGAAACAUAAAUCUCCAAGUUAUCAAAUAAAAGAAGGAGAUACCAUAAAUGUGGAUGUUACUUGUCCAGGUGCUACUCUGGCUUUGGCUAUGAUCUACUUAAAAACCAAUAACAGAUCCAUUGCAGAUUGGCUCCGAGCUCCUGAUACCAUGUAUUUGCUGGACUUUGUGAAACCAGAAUUUCUCUUGCUUAGGACACUUGCUCGAUGCCUAAUUUUAUGGGAUGAUAUUUUACCAAAUUCCAAGUGGGUUGACAGCAAUGUUCCUCAAAUUAUAAGAGAAAAUAGUAUCUCUCUUAGUGAAAUUGAAUUGCCUUGCUCAGAGGAUUUGAAUUUGGAAACUUUGUCGCAAGCACAUGUCUACAUAAUUGCAGGAGCCUGUUUGUCUCUGGGUUUUCGAUUUGCUGGCUCAGAAAACUUAUCAGCAUUUAACUGUUUGCAUAAAUUUGCAAAAGAUUUUAUGACUUAUUUGUCUGCAUCUAAUGCUUCUGUAACAGGUCCUUACAACCUAGAAACUUGCCUUAGUGUGGUGCUGCUGUCUCUUGCUAUGGUAAUGGCUGGCUCUGGGAACUUAAAGGUUUUGCAGCUUUGUCGCUUCUUACACAUGAAAACAGGUGGUGAAAUGAACUAUGGUUUUCACUUAGCUCACCACAUGGCCCUUGGACUUUUAUUUUUGGGAGGAGGAAGGUACUCUUUGAGCACCUCAAACUCUUCCAUUGCUGCUCUUCUCUGUGCCCUUUAUCCACACUUCCCAGCUCACAGCACUGACAACCGGUAUCAUCUCCAGGCCCUCCGGCACCUCUAUGUGCUGGCUGCAGAACCAAGGCUUCUAGUGCCUGUGGAUGUAGAUACAAACACACCCUGUUAUGCCCUCUUAGAAGUUACCUACAAGGGCACUCAGUGGUAUGAACAAACCAAAGAAGAACUGAUGGCUCCUACCCUUCUUCCAGAACUCCACCUUUUAAAGCAGAUUAAAGUUAAAGGCCCAAGAUACUGGGAACUGCUUAUAGAUUUAAGCAAGGGAUCACAACACUUGAAGUCCAUCCUUUCCAAGGAUGGAGUUUUGUAUGUUAAGCUCAGGGCGGGUCAGCUCUCCUACAAAGAAGACCCAAUGGGGUGGCAAAGUUUGUUGGCCCAGACUGUUGCUAACAGGAACUCUGAAGCCCGAGCUUUCAAGCCAGAAACAAUUUCAGCAUUCACUUCUGAUCCAGCACUUCUAUCAUUUGCUGAAUAUUUCUGCAAGCCAACUGUGAACAUGGGUCAGAAACAAGAAAUUCUGGAUCUCUUUUCCUCAGUACUCUAUGAAUGUGUUACUCAGGAGACCCCAGAGAUGUUGCCUGCAUAUAUAGCAAUGGAUCAGGCUAUAAGAAGACUUGGAAGAAGAGAAAUGUCUGAGACAUCUGAACUUUGGCAGAUAAAGUUGGUUUUAGAGUUUUUCAGCUCUCGAAGCCAUCAGGAGCGGCUACAGAACCACCCUAAGCGAGGGCUCUUUAUGAACUCUGAAUUCCUCCCUGUUGUGAAGUGCACUAUUGAUAAUACCCUGGACCAGUGGCUGCAAGCUGGGGGUGAUAUGUGUGUGCAUGCCUACCUCAGUGGGCAGCCCUCUGAUGAAUCUCAGCUGAGCAUGCUGGCCUGCUUCCUCGUCUACCACUCCGUGCCUGCUCCACGGCACCUGCCAUCUAUAGGACUGGAAGGGAGCACAAGCUUUGCUGAACUUCUCUUCAAAUUUAAACAGCUGAAAAUGCCAGUGCGAGCUUUGCUAAGAUUGGCUCCUUUGCUUCUUGGAAAUCCACAGCCGAUGGUUAUGUGACCAUGUCUUUUGGUAAACUUACCGUGAAAAAUGUCUUCUGCGCAAAAAUGUGACCAAACAUCAAAGCUAAAGAAACAUUGAUAACUUUUAUAAUAUAACUAGGGGGAAAUGAACUGCCUAAACCUAGAUGUAUUUUAAAAUUUAUGUGUUUUAAAUAUUUCAGAGAAUCUGUUGCUGUCAACAUUAACAUUAUAUGAUAUAUAAAAAUGAGUUAAAAUUUACCUUUGUAAAUAAAGUUUUUUGUUUUGUUUUCAAAACUUAAUUACUUUAGUUUUGGACUUCAGAGAUUAGAGCAAUGGGGGCUGGGGUAGAUACUGGCUUUUUAAAGUCUUUGAACUAUAGUGGUUCAGGUGGACUGUGCUCAAAAAUGCAAAGUUUUAAAUGAAGCUGUGUCAAAGUUUUACUUUCAUGGCAACAAAAGAACUUUUAGCAUUUCCUAAGAUGUCACAGUUGUACUGUCUAAAAUGUUUGUACUUCCUAUGACAGUGCCCUCUCAUGGUGUGAUCGCCUUAAACAGGAGAAGAUGUAUACACGAGUGAAGAGCAUGAAGUGCUCAUUGCCCAGCAUGAAGUACUGUGGACUGAAUUGUGUCCUCCCAAGAUUAUGUGUUGAAGCCCUAACUCCAACAUACUUGUAUCGGAGAUAGGACUUUUAGGAAGUAAUUAAGGUUAAAUGAGGUCAUAAGGGUGGGGCACUAAUUCAAUAGAAUUUGGUGGCCUUAUAAGAAGAGGAAGAGAGAGAUUUUUUUCUCUCUCUCUCUGCAAUGUGAGGACACAGAAGACAGCUGUCUGCAAGCCAGGAAGAGAGCCCUCACCAGGAAACGAAUUGGCUGGCACCUUGAUUUUGGACUUCUAGCCUCCAGAACUGAGAAAUAAAUUUCUGUUGUUUAAGCUA